AGGGAGCACCUAGGGGAGAGCGCUCUGAAAGGAAAAGGUGGAUCUUGUUCUUACCCAUAAAUCACCGAGCGCUUAAAAGCGAGCGUGGGGGCCAAGGCGGUGAACAAGCUUAGUGAGAGGAGGACGGCCUUGGAGGAGGUCUCUGCUCCCUGGCAGUCAAGGACGACUUCAGCUGGUGGAAGGGUUUUAGGCUGGAGAAGAGAUGAGUGAAAACAGAGAUGGUUCCGACCAGCCUGCUGAGGCCAGUACAGAUACCUGGAGUAUGAGUCACAGGUCAGACACUUCCUCCAUGCCCAGCGGCCAGACGAAGGGCCAGGUCCUCAUGGGCCAAAGCAUCUACACCCAGCUGUUGAAGAUGAUGCAGCACCUGCAGCACAUGGUGGAGGAUCAUUUCGUACAACUGACAGCCAGGCGCAUGGAGCAGAGCCUGGCACUGGAAGACCAGAGUCACACUCGGGCCAUCUGUAAGCAAGAAGCUCUCCUGGACCGCUUAAUACGCCAGAUUAUCGAGCUUCUACAGUCUGGGGCCACAGGUGGUCUGGGGCUCCGAGGACCUAUCUGUUCCCCGGAUACCAGGGAUGAUGUCAGAGGUGGGCAAAGGGCCCGAUCAUCCAGGCAGCCUGACCACCUAGCUUCCCAACUGCAUAAUUAUGAAGCUGCAUUUAUCAACUAUGACCUGUCCAACCGUGGGGUUGACAUCUCUGCCUUGUACUGCUCGGGCUUCCAGGACUAUGAGACUUAUCAGAGAAGCAAAUACCAUGAGGGAGAAAAUACCUUGGGCUUCAUUAACCUCGGCACCAGUGAGAACAAGCUCUGCACUGACCUGAUGACUGAGCGGUUGUGUCAAAGUGACAUGAACUACAUUGACGAUGCCCUUCUGCAAUACUCUGAUUUCCAAGGACAACCAUUCCUGCGAGAGGAAGUGGCCCGGUUCCUUACCUACUACUGCAAGGCACCUGCCCAACUUAAUCCAGAAAAUGUGGUGGUUCUAAAUGGCUGCUCCUCUGUCUUCUCUGCACUGGCCAUGGUUCUGAGUGACCCGGGAGAAGCCUUUUUGGUUCCCACUCCCUUCUAUGGUGGCUUCACUUUUAGUUCCCACCUGUAUGCAAAAGUGGAGCUGUUUCCUGUACACCUGGAGAGUGAGAUCACGGACACAAACACCCACCCUUUCCAGCUCACUGUGGACAAGUUGGAGCAAGCCCUGCUUGAUGCUAAGCUCGACGGGAAAAAGGUCAGAGGCCUCGUGCUAAUCAACCCUCAGAAUCCUCUAGGUGAUAUCUACUCCCGAGAUGCCCUGAAGGACUACCUGGAGUUUGCCCAAAGAUACAACCUUCACGUGAUCAUAGACGAGAUUUACAUGUUAUCUGUGUUUGAUGAGUCCGCCACAUUCCACAGUGUUCUGAGCAUGGAGAG